CUGCCUAGCAGGAGUUGUCCCGCUCCUUCCUCAUUCACCGCGCUGCUCUGUGCCGUAUAGUGGCGGUGGCUCUGGAGGAUCACACCCCGCCGAGUGAAGCACUCAGCCCGGGCCUGGAGUCCGUGUGGCCUCGCGUCUCCUUUCUUCGCAGGCUGGCAGUGAAGGGUGCACAAAGGAGGUUUGGGUGGAGUUGUAGCCCGAUCUGAGGAAUGUGACGCGCCGACGGGAAGGGAACGCAUGCACAUCGGCGGUUUCACCGGGGAGAGAGAUAGUCUACCCGUCGAUACAAAGAGAGGAGACAAGUUCUACCGCAAAGUUAGUAGGUUUAAAUUCCUCCUCCCUUAUCUCUCCUCACCCAGGCCCUGAUUUUUGACUCCACCCCUCUCUCCAACCAUGGCACAUCGAUCUCAGAGUUCAUCGAUUGGCGAUAACCCCCUCGACCCAAACUACCUGCCCCCACAUUACCGUGAGGAGUACCGCCUAGCUAUUGAUGCUCUGAUAGAAAAUGACAUACAGGGUUACCAUGAGUUCCUCCAGUCCGCGGAUGUGGUCGGUUUCCUGGCACAGUCGGAAAUUGAAUUCAUUAAGUCAACAAUCCAGACGCCCAACCAGACCUCCAGCGUCCCAGAGCUGACAUACCAUGAGGGACGUCAGGAUGCUGAUGGCUCCUCCGACACCUACUGGCCGAUGCAGUCCGACCUGGCUGCCCCGGGGCUGGACCUGGGCUGGCCGCUGCCACAGCAAAGCUUCAUGGGGCCCACAGAGGUCACCACUCUAGUCAACCCCUCCGACCCAGACAUGCCAACCAUCAAGCAGCAGGCCAGGAGACUCAUUAAGAAUGCACGCCAGGUUAUUGCUGUGGUGAUGGACAAGUUUACAGAUGUUGACCUUUUUGCGGACCUCUUGGAUGCAGCAGCACGCCACGUUCCUGUUUAUAUUCUACUGGAUGAGCAGGAAGUCCAUCACUUUGUCUCUAUGGUCUUCAACUGCAAAGUCAACUUGGACCAACAUCCUAUGUUGCGUGUCAGGACUGUGGCAGGAAUAACCUAUUAUUCCCGUACGGGGAAAUCAUUUAAGGGGCAGGUGAAAGAUCGUUUCCUACUGGCUGACUGCAAAGCUGUACUCAGUGGCAACUACAGUUUCAUGUGGUCCUAUGAGAAGAUCCAUCGCUGCAUCGCCCACCUCUUCCUCGGGGAGCUGGUUGCCACCUUUGAUGAAGAGUUUCGCAUUCUCUUUGCUCAGUCAGAGCCUUUAGUUAUUGACCCAUCUGAUGGAGCACUUGCUCUCUCUGACUCCAGCAGUUACUUAGGCAGCCAGUUCGGUUUAAAGAGGACCCAGUCUUUGCGUAACCCCACAGGUUACCGAAGGCAGCCUGAGAUUCCCUCUGCCUUCCCCUAUGGAGACUCUGAUCAUAACCUUGCACUUCCUUUCCGGAGGAACGAUCCAUUUCGUCACACUGUUGAACCUGGGGUGGGAAUUACAAUAGGAAAGUAUUCCCAGCAACAGUUUCGUCUGCAGCAGUCGUUCCUGGAGCAGGGAAGGUCCAUAGUUUCCAGGCAGAUGGAGAUAAGUACCAGUGGCUUUAAGAGGCACAGCUAUGCAGAGGGAACCCAGGAAAACUACUCAUCUUCGAGGCAAUACAUGAAGCACAGAGUCAUGAAUAAUUUGGACGAGACAGACUUUCACAGGGAGCAGACCCAAACUAGCCAUUACUACAAUGAAGGGCCUGGGCCGGGUUCUGGCAAGGGACACUACGACAGACUUCGAGGUCGUCCUCCACAACUCUCCAUUGACCAGUAUUCAGAUUCAAGCUUUCGCUCAGAUCGGGAGCCUCCACCUGGAAACUAUAACCGAGAAUACUUUUCAUCUGAGGACUUGAGAGGACCUGAGGGGUGCCAGGCACCUCCAUUAGCUGGAAGGUAUGUAGGAGAUUCCACCAAUAGGAGGCCAACCAUAGGUCAGGCGUAUGCCUGCCAGAGCUCACCCACACAGCCCCACCCACCAGAGAAGAAACCAUUUGCCAAACAACCUGAUCAAGAGCAUGAUGAAGAUGCAGAUGCUAAGCAAGGCAUGAGGAGUUGGAGAAUCCAUUCCUAUCUUAGCACUUAUGAGGACAGUGGAGAAGAAAGUGUGACUCAACCUUUGGGGCCUGAUGCAUUUGAAGAUCCUCCACCAUCUCAGCAGCCAACUGGCACUGAAAACUCAGCUCCCCGCUUUGGAAUAAAGGAGCCACCGAACGUUCCCCCCAAACCCAGACCAGAUAUCUUGAGACCACGGUUUGGAAAGCCCAUGUUACCUGAGAGCAACAGUCGAGACUCUGCCCCAACAACAACCAAGGAUCUGCUACCGUCAGUCAGUGACUUGAAGCCAUUUGUACUGGAGAAAAGAGGGAGGGAGGCUGAGAAGGAAUGGGAGAGACAGCCAGAGAGGGGUGCAGCAAGGGAGGUGGGUGUGGAUGUGGAGGUGAAAGAGACUCCAGAUCUCUUCCUGUCCAAACAUGAAUCAUUCCGUACACGGGUUAAUCCACUCCUUCAACGUAACUCUCGUCUGCGUUCCUCGCUUAUAUUCACAUCGUCCAAGGCAGAGAUGCACAGUGGUAGCCUGGGCCUAAAACCAGCCACAGAGGAAGACGAGGAGUUAAACUCAGUGCGCACUUCCUCGAUUGUGGCCCAGAUCCUAGAGAAGAGGAGGUCAUUGUCUCGUGAGCCUUUUGAGUGGAGAAAGAAGGCUGAGGAAAGAGAUAAGGAGAAAGAAAGGGAGAAGGAUAAAGAAAAAGAGAAGGAGAAAGAAAAAGAGAAGGAGAAAGAGCGACAGCAAGAGGAAAGGGAGAUUCGAUUAAAAGAUGAGAUUAAAGCAAAAGAAGAACCUCAGAAAACCAACAAAGAGGUAAAGACAACACCAACUUUUGAGAAAUCUGAUGUCACAACAUCAUUAUCUAUGAACAUGAAUGACCCAGCAAAUAGACUGCAGUAUUUCCAAGACCUGGCGGCCAAAAGAAAAGCCUCAAAAAUGGGAACAGAGUCAUCGCUCAAAGCCCCAGAGCCUGCUGAAAAAAAGCCAGACCUUUCUGAUAAACCUCCCCUAAAACCUGCAAUGACUCCAAACAUCCCAACUGUUAGUUCAGCAGAACCUGAACCAAAGAAGAUAGACAUAUCUGCAAAAUUGGCAGAGCUCACUCGCAGAUCUUCAUUUAGUUCCUCAAAACCACCCAUAUUAAAGCCUUCUGCAAGCUACCUGAAGCCUUCAGAGACAACUCCACUUCAAAAAGAGGAAAAUGCAUCAGAUGGUCAAAAGAAGGAUAUAUUCAAGUCUCUAAAGCCCCUUCCUUCACCUAAGAUCUUCAGGAGGGAUCCGUUGAAGUUCAAAGGAUUGAAUCCCCGUCGGAUCUCCUGUGAUGAAGAGAUUCUGACCACAGACGCUACUGAUGCAGAGAAGAGUGAACUGAAAAAGAGUCGCUCUAAAAGUUCUUCAACUCUGCCACGUGAUGAUUCCAGGGAAGGAUUGCAAAAAGUUAUGGGAUCUAAUACAUCCAUCAACACACUUGGUGAGGGAAAGGGUGAGGGGAAGACACUCGACUUCUUGAAGAAGCAGACGCAGAGGCUAAAGGGAUUACUGGGGCCCAAGGAUAAAGAGAAGAAAUCUUCAGGAGACGAUAAGGGCAUGAGCACGGUCAGAGAGAUCACUGAAGAUAUAAGCAAAAAGCUGAGUUCAUCAGCUAGAGAUAAAGAAUCUACCACUGCCGACCAAACUACAGCCAAUCACAAAACAUCAACCGGCAUAUCAGGCCCAUCUCGAUACCAGGCCCCGGGCAGCUCUGUUCUGUUCAGUAGCAACCUACGAGAUGACACCAAAGUCAUUCUAGAGCAGAUCUCGGCCAACAGCCAGAAAAACCGACUGGAGCGAGAAGAAACAGGAGGGGACAAAGAAAGUGACGAUGGGGAGAAGGGGCUGGAGGGACAGAACGCCAUCAAGAAAAAUCGAUUUCUGCGUCCCUCAGGCAACGUCCAGGAGCGGGAGGGAUUGCUGAAGAGGAUGGAGAGUUUGAGGAAGGAAAAGAAGGUCUACAGCCGCUUUGAGGUAGUCUAUCACUGCAAGAAUGAUACUUGCAGCGUGGAUGGGAAAGAGAUAUGAACAAAGGCAUAAGUAGCGUUAGAUGGGGAAUAAUCUUGGAUAACGAAAGAUGGAGGAGCCACCUUUUAUAUGGGAACUAUUUAUGUAAGAUGAUCAAAAAGACCUAUUGCCCAUAUGUGCCAACGCCACUCUCAAAGUACCUCUGUGGCUCAACACCAGCCUUUCCUGGAUUUCCACACGAAGUAAUACAACUUGAAAAGACAAUAUAUAAAAAUACUGAAAAUAAACUGAAGUCAUUGGGUUUGGAAUGUGCCUAUGUGCCAAGACCUGGAACUACUUUGACCUUAUAUGGUGACUGAGAGAAAGAAGAGUGACUCUACUUGCAUUCUGGCUGCAUGGGCCAAUGUUUCACCUAGGAGGAAAAAGGUAGGGCAAUUUACAUAAAACUGAACUUGUACAAACGUGACUGGGGGAGUAUGAGAGAGGAUAAAAGAAAGACAGUACAUAUUGCACCCGAGGGAUGGAAAAUAGACCCAUGCCAGUUAGAAAACAUGGCGGUGUAUGACUGCAUGUGUACAAGUGUUGUGUGAUUCUGCAAGUGUCUGUGUAGCUGGGACUUGUUUUAAACUGAAUGGGAGAAAGUGUCCUUGUGGAUUCAUUGUGUGCCAAUGGCCCACCAAAGGUAUUACCAAAGUUAGGACUAUUAUUAAUCCAGAACAGAAAGCAAAGAUAAGAAAAUGAAGGGGAAAGGAAUGACAUGAAUAACUGACAAAGAGUGAAAUGUCUGUAAGAUUAUAGAGAAUGAAGAGUAAGACAAUAUCAGAAUGUGAGAAUGUGUUUAUGUCUAAUUCUAAUGAUGAGGCAGAUUUUCGAUAGAAAGUAGAGCCUGUCGUGAACUUUACCCUCUCAAGAGUGUUAUGUGCCUUUCUAUUAAGGUGUGGACACAAUUCAUAGAGUUGAAAAUGUCAGAUAACCAUUCAGAGGGGACUGUAGGUUUUCAUGAUUAGAGGAGUUGAGGUAAAUGUAAGUGUACUAGUGUUUGUCUCAUGCAAUGUAAAUAAAAAUGUAAAGCAUUUAAGUUGCCCUGAAUCACUUUAAAAAAAAAUGUGCCCCUGUUCCUCUGUAUGUUGACUUCUAAAUAAGUCUACUGCAUAAAGGAAAGGAAGAGAAAAAAAGAGAAGCUACAUUUUGCAGUACUGGAGCAGGGCCAUGCCUCCUUUCAUAAGUUACUUAACUUCUGAGACCUACGCCCUACGCAGGACUGCUAACUCCUUUGUUGGUCUGUAAACACUAGUAAACCAAAGAUUUAGUUAUAUGGUACAGUUCCCAGGCUGCGAGCUCAACUGAGCAUCAAACCAUUUAUUGUGUUUUUCUUUUUUACAGUACAUCAAAUGAUUGGAGGAUCAAUUGCUAUAUGGACACUUCAGGGGUUACACUGUUUGCUAUAAGGGAUUAUAUUGUACAUAUUAAUAUAAAAAGGGCUUGUUGAUAAUCUAAAUGACAAAUUAGAUAGUGACCACACUCAGUGUACUAUCGAAGUGCCUUGUGUUUAUUUGUAAUUAAUAUGCAAGUAUGUGGUCUUGGCUGUAAAAACGAAUUGGCAUUAAUUAGGGGGAAAUCAUUUGCACAGGGGUCAAUGUGUUCUUUUUUUUUUUUUAAACCUCAGAUAGUAUUACAUUGUAUUUGAAAUACUGCAAAAAAAGUUGUUUAUUAAAUCUCUUUCAAACUGAAAUUGAAUGUGGCUGUGUGCACAUAGUAUGUGUGUAUAUUGUAGUGAAGGGUUGUACUGUUUUUAUUUAUAGGCUCUUUAAGAUUCAUAAAAUAAACCCAUGUGA